UGCGUCUCUCUCUUGACGUCGUGUAUAGUGGGGGGAGCUUUUACACGAGGUGGUCUUCUGUCGUUAGUGGUGUUACCCAAGUUUAGGAUAUUUAGAGCAUUAUUUUCGCAACGUCAGUUGUGAUUUUAAUGCAUUUCUCUUGAUAAUCGAACGAUCCAAGAUGUCGGGCGAAGAAUAUGAGAGCGACAUGGAUUACACGGAUUCGGAUUGCGGCGAUCCAGGAUACGACGAUUAUUACAACAAUCAGCAAUGGGGCAGCGAAGUGGACAACGACAUUGAUUCAGAGCAGAACAAAAAAGAUCCGGAAUAUGCGAUUCACGAGUGCCUCAAAGUCGAAGAGGUAGAAAGACUUUUAAAUGAGAAUGUCGAAGAACUGAGUAAUAGAUUACAGAUCACGCCAUCCCUAGCCAAAGUAUUGUUGCAUGCCCAUGAGUGGGCGCUUCAAGAUAUUAUCCUCAAGUAUCGCAACGACGCUUCCGGUCUUUUGGUUACUUCCAAAAUCAAAUCCUCCCAUGAACCGGACAGCAGCAUAGCCCUCAGAGGUGCAAGGACUGGAACAUGUUUGGUUUGUGUUAAUACUUUGUCCCUGGAAAGAUUCGCCGCUCUAACAUGCGGCCAUACCUUCUGCAAGGACUGCUGGUGUAUGCAUUUCGAAGUUCAAAUUAUACAAGGCAUUUCAACCGGAAUUGGUUGCAUGGCUCAGGACUGCGAAGUACUUGUGCCAGAAGAUUUUGUCCUAUCUCUCCUUACCAAAUUGACAAUGAGAGAAAGAUAUCAGCAGUUUGUCUUCCGUGAUUACGUCAAGUCUCAUCCGCAGCUUCGCUUUUGUCCAGGACCGAAUUGCCAGAUAGUCGUACGCUCCAAAGAAUUGAGAGCCAAAAAAGUCAUCUGUUCCUCUUGUAAAACACCAUUUUGCUUCAGGUGUGGUAUGGAUUAUCAUGCACCAACCGACUGCGGUACGAUAAAGAAAUGGCUUACUAAAUGUGCCGAUGACUCAGAGACUGCAAAUUACAUAUGCGCUCACACCAAAGAUUGUCCAAAGUGCCACAUUUGCAUAGAAAAAAACGGCGGGUGCAAUCAUAUGCAAUGUUACAAUUGCAAACACGAUUUUUGCUGGAUGUGCCUGGGUGAUUGGAAGGCACAUGGCAGCGAAUACUACGAAUGUUCACGGUAUAAGGAAAAUCCUAAUAUUUCUCGUGAAAGUGUCCAUGCACAAGCUCGGGAAGCCCUGAAAAAAUAUCUACAUUAUUAUGAAAGGUGGGAAAAUCACAGCAAGUCGCUCAAGCUGGAAGAGCAAACACUGGAAACAAUAAAAUCUCGCAUCCACAAGAAAGUAAUGCAUGCCAGUGGAACAUGGAUUGAUUGGCAACACUUGUUUGAAGCUGCUUCUCUUUUGGCCCGCUGUAGGUAUACGCUCCAGUACACAUAUCCAUAUGCUUAUUUCAUGGAGGCAGGACCUCGAAAAGUACUGUUCGAGUAUCAGCAAGCGCAAUUGGAAGCAGAGAUAGAGAAUCUAUCUUGGAAAAUUGAGCGUGCAGAAACAACGGAUCGUGGUGAUCUUGAGAAUCAGAAAGACAUAGCAGAGAAAAGGCGUGUAACUUUGCUCAAGGAUUUUUUAGAGGUCUGAUCCGCGUCUGAAUCAGAUCGCGGUUUAUUAUCUUCCGAUUAAGACAUAAUUUUCAAUUAUGUCCGAUAAAUCAUAACCAGGUUCAAAAACUGGCAAUAGAGUCCCCUCUGCUCUUCACGGUAAAGUAGGUGGGUAAAAGAGUAGAACUGAAAGAGAGAAUUAAUGAAUUACUGAUGAAGAAAAGUAAAGAACCUAGUGAUCUCUACAAAAAUACUAAAACACAAUUAUCGUACAGUUAUUUGAAAUCUAACGUUUUUAUUAGAUUGUUCUGCGCUUCUCAAUGCAAAUUUCCAUUAUCAUACAGGUCAUUCGUACUUUUAGCUAAUUAUUUUUAAUCUCCCGAAACAUGGUAAACAUUCAACAAUAAAAUAACCCCGAAAAUAUUUCUGAGAGAAUAAAAUAACCGAAUAAAAAAUGGAACAUCAGCUAUUUCAUGCGAAAUUUGAUUUAACGGUGGGCAAAAAUUAUUCCAUUUACAUUUGGCUGUUGCAAAAAGAAUACUACACUACACAAGAAAAAAAAAAAGAAGAAAAUGAAUAAGUCAGAAUUUGAUUAAUCAUAAUUGAAACGAAAACAAAGUAAUAAGGCCGAGAAUAUGAUAUUGUAACCAGCGAAAAAUUACAUAGUUAGCAUAUUUCAGAUUAUUCAGACCGUCGUGGUUGUUGUAACGAUCGUGAUAAAAUGAAUUUUAGUAAUUGAAAUUAAGUUGUGCAAAACAUUUAAGAAAGUUUGAUUCGAGUUUUUGAAUACGAAUCGUGAGUUAUCGUUUGUUGAAUAUAUGUAAGCAAGUAAAACGACAUCAAACGGUACAAUCAUGGAUAUUUAUUUUUCAUAUCAAAUAAUUAACUCUGUAUCUUCGCACAAUAUUUCCUUCCGAAUAAAAUAUCAGACAUUUGACAAAAAUGUCUUACACGUAACGAGACAAUUUGUUUUGAUCAUAUACUAGUUAAACCGUUUGAUAUAGAUUUACUUAUGUGUUAAAUUGUUUUAUACUAAUUAGUGAUUACAAGUUGUAUUGCCUGUUUAAUGAUUAUAUCAUUUUUGUUUCUGAAAUUUUUUUUCCCCAUUAUUACCAUUAUUAUUAUUAUUAUUAUUGUUGUUAUUAUCGUUAAGUACAGUUUGUAAUGUUUUUUCGUUUCUCUCAUCAGUUAGUUACAUAAUUGUUUCAACACAAAACGAUUCAGAAAAUCCGAACAAUUACUGACUCUCAAUAAAUGGACACUGAUCAUAGUAAUUAUUUCAAUUUUAAUUUAACACAAUCAAAUUGUACACUUGUAAAAUUUGAAGAAAAAAAAAAAAACGUGAAGCUUUGAAUCUUAUGAACGUAUGUAUGAAUAUUAUGUAUAUUUUUUCUGGUCUAAUCAUUUUUUAUUUAUGUUUCUUAUUUAUACGAACCAGUACAAUUAUUAAUAAUAUUCAAACGUACAGCAAAUUAUUGUCUGCUUAAAGCUCGUUAUAUGAAAUGCAGUAACAUCCAAGCCAGGGAUUAUACUGUAAAGAAAGUUGUUCUGAGUCUACGGGCAGUGAAGCAAUAAUUCAUUUUUAUUACUGUUUCAUGAAAGAAAAAAAUCGCAACGAUUAAGUCAGCUAAAUGUGAGAAUUUGCAAAUAAACUUGAUGUAUUUUUUUGGCGGACGCGUGCGUGCGUAGUUUAUCUUGCAAUAAUCGUCCAGGACGGUAACAAGAUAGAAAAAUGGAAAUGAGAAUCUGAAUUAUAGGCAAUCGGUACUCCUGUAUAAUUGUAUAAUAAAUGAAUUUUGGCUUUUGAUUUUUUAUUUUAUUUUAUUUUUUUUUCAUCUGUUUCUUCCGAUAAAGAUGUUACGAAUUUUCAAACUUAUACGACUUAAUUCUUGGACUUGGUCACAGCAAGUAUAUCGUUAAUAGCGAUUAAGUAAAGUGGUUGGGUGAUUUUUAUUACCGAUCAUAAUUGUUAUUAAUGAAACAUAAAAUAACGAGUACCUUAAAUGAGAAGAAUAAAAGAAAUGAGCAAAAUAGAGAGGAUUGAUAAAGAAAGGAAUCUAAGAUAAUUUCAGAAAACUUUGAAAAUUAGAGUAACUGUACUGUAAAUAUUAUUAGAUUAGUGUACGAUUAUAAUGUGCGCGAAAGAUUGUGUGUGACGUUUUCUAUGAUUACGUGUAAGAUUUUAGGGAAUUAAUAAACAUUGUAAUUUGUAAUUAACGCUUCAAUCUACGAAGCUCAAGCAUAAUUUAAUAUAUUUCUGGUAUUCCAACGAUAAUUAUUAGUUUAAGAUUAAUUAUGGUCCACAAGUUUAUCGCAAGAAAUAAGAAAUUUAGGAAAAAAUAAAAUAUCAUUGUAAUAUUUUACGUGGAAAUAAAUUCGAUCCUCGUUAUAUAUGUACGUACGAAUUAGUCAUUUUAUUUCAUUGCUUAUAAUAUUCGUCUACUUAAAUCAAAAAUACUAGUCUAAUUUAUCCCCCUCCUCUCAAUGUCUAGAAAUAAUCGAAUCAUAGUUCAGAGCCAAUGCCGAAACA